UUCUCCUUAUUUUACAGAGAGCCCCGCCCUUCACCACGCAGACUAACAUUGAUUCAGCAAGGUCCUCCAAAGCUCUUCCGUCUACACACAGAAAGAAAAAUACGUGAUGAAAAUGGGAAAGUCCGAAAAUGGACUUUUGAAAAAAAAGAUGUCACUAGGCAAAGCAAAAUCAUCCUGCUGGUGGGAGAGACUGGCGCUGGUAAGACCACCAUCAUCAACACCAUGGUCAACUACUUGCUGGGAGUGACAUUUGAGGAAGAAACGUGGUAUGAAAUCACUGAAGAAGAAGUCAGAGAUCAAUCAGAGUCCCAAACCUCUGAAAUCACCAUGUAUGAGGUCUUUCCAGUGAAGAGUCCCAUUUCUCUCACCAUCAUUGAUACUCCAGGUUACGGAGACACUAGAGGACUGGAGAAAGAUCUGGAAGUUGCGGAGAAUUUAUCUGCUCUGUUUCAGAACAACGAUGGAGUUCGAGAAGUCGAUGCUGUGUGUUUUGUGAUUCAAGCGGCCAAGAAUCGUCUCUCAGACAGACAACACUACAUUAUCAGCUCAAUUCUGUCUCUGUUUGGGAAAGACAUUGUGAACAACAUCGUGUUUUUAAUCACACACUCUGAUGGUCUUCCUCCUAAAAAUGUCCUCGGUGCCAUUAAUAAAGCUAAAAUCCCCUGCAGACGAGACAAUAGUGGUCAGCCUGUUCAUUUCUUGUUCAACAAUCGUCAGGCUGAACCUCGACAUAAUGAGAAACGCUACAUUCGUGCUCAAAAAGAGGCCUGGGAAAACAGCAUGGAUGAGAUGAAAGAAUUCCUUGAUUCUUUGAAAGACAAGAACAGAUGUAGUUUAGAGUUGACUUUAGAUGUCCUGAUCAACCGCAUUUAUUUUGAAGCAUCCAUCAGCAACUUACAACUGAGAGUUGAAGAGAAAGAGUCUAAGAGGUCUGAAAAAAUUCAAAUUCAGGAGGCAAUAAAACAGAACAAGAAAAAGAUUGAAAUGCGCACAAAUUUCAGCAUUAAAGUCAAAAGGACAGUCAAAUUGAAGGUGCCCAUUGAAAGCAAGUCUUGGAAGAACAGAAAGGCGACAACUUGCACCGUCUGUGAGGAAAACUGUCAUGAGUUUGAAUGCUGGUGGGUUUCUAAUCCCAGCCAAUGUGAAGUCAUGAAAAAUGGUUUCUGCACAGUGUGCACAAGAAAAUGCCACCACAGCAAACAUGUCAAAGAAAAUAAGAAAUACAUAAUCAGAAACUCAAGCAUGAUAAUAGAUUUUGACAGUUUUAAAGAGGAAAAGGAAAAAGCCCAAGAAGAUUUUGAUAAGUUUUCAGUUAUAAUGGAUGAUCUUGAUCAAGAUUUGAAGGACAUUGAGGACCAAAAGUCAAAUCUUCUGUCUCAUGCAUACCAGACCAUCAAGCAUCUGUCUCAGAUCGCUCUAAAACCAGACUCUGCCUUCACCCUCCAGCAUCUGGACUUCUUUGUUCCCAGAGUGAGGGAGGCUGGGAAAGAAGAAUGGGUUCAAAAGCUGGAGGAGAUGAGGAGAAUAGCAGCAGCUGAAGAAGCCAAUAAAGACGCUCUGAGUUACCUGAAAGCUGGACUUGAAAAAAUGUUCUUUAGUGGGGAAUAAAUCAGAUCAAAGAAGAAAAUGGUUCAAUUUACCAAACCA